AUGUUCUUUGAGAGCUCUGCUCUUUGGGACGCUAGCAUGGGCCAGCUGACCUUUUUCUUGCGUGAGGGCAAGACGCUGCAAGCGACGCGGCAAGUGACCUUGUCCACCGAGCCGGGAGAGUUUCAGUUGCCGAUCGAGCUGGCAGCCGACAGCCCAACCUUGACGGUGUCAGCCCGAUCGUUCGACAACAUUGACGAAGUGGUGCGAGAAACACCAGUGACCCAGUCGAGUGCAGUACCUCACGUGCGCAACUUCGUCUUCACUAGGCUGGCCUACACCAACAACGUGGCCAACCAGCAAACUAAUGUGAUGUUCCACUUUAUGAGCAACAGGCCGUUUUUUGCUGGAUCUGUGAUCUAUCUUCGUCCUUUGGCGAAAUUUGGCGAAACUCUGCAGGGUUUUCUUGAACUGGGUGUGUCUGAAAAUUGGGAAAAACGGUACACCACCAUUUAUGGCAAUGUUUUGCAAUUUUUGAAUAUAUCAUUUCAAUAUCUUUUAAUGAUAAAUGAUAAACUGCAUUUAGGCGUACUAGAUCCAGUUCUUGAGGUGAAUUUGGGUCACGAAAAGAUGACCUCUCAGCGGUAA